CGCUAACCCAUCGUUGGGUUGGAUGUGUUUUAAUGUAGCUCGGCUGAUCACGAAUACCGUAGUAUUCGGCUUAGUCCUUAAUGUAAAUAUUGCAGAUGUCAAGAGAAUAGGUGAAGAAUGGUGGCUGUACAUCGAUUAAAGUAAAUUUUAAGUGUUAAGGUGAAGUGCGGCAUAAUAUCAUUUGAAUGUUCGGCGGUAAUAUAAAAAGUGUACUGUGUAAUCUUCAUUCUCGCAAAGGAUUUUGUGUCUUUCCCUUUGGAUUUAUUCGGCGCCAAAAUGGUGGUACGAUAGUGAUCCAAUCUGAAGAAAUGCGCCAAUGUUGCGUCUGUAGAUUGCUGAAUAAAAAUAGCAGAUCGGCAAAAAUGUCCAAGAUCGCCUGAUAGAUGGGCAUCGCUAGGUCGAAAUAGGAGGUGGUACAGUGGAAGGAAUGGGUGCUGGGAUGGGCAGAACUGGCACGAGCGGCGGUGGUCUGCUCGAGGCAUUACCUACAGGAACACCAUUUCAUGUCGCAAUGUUGGGUUUGGAUAGUGCCGGUAAAACUACAGCACUUUAUCGGCUCAAGUUUGAUCAGUACCUCAAUACGGUGCCGACUAUCGGUUUCAAUUGCGAGAGAAUCCGUGGCAGCAUCGGCAAAGCCAAAGGUGUUAGCUUUUUAGUAUGGGAUGUCGGAGGUCAAGAAAAAUUACGUCCUCUCUGGAAAUCUUAUACCAGAUGUACGGACGGAAUAAUUUUUGUAGUGGAUUCCUGCGACGUUGAAAGACUGGAAGAAGCAAAAAUGGAACUUACCAGAACAGCGAGAAGUCCUGACAACGCUGGUGUACCAAUUUUGAUUCUUGCUAAUAAGCAGGAUUUACCUGGCGCUAAGGAAGUAGGCGAGCUGGAGAAGCAUCUGGGAGUUCUGGAACUGUCAGGGUCACCAGGGAGCUCGUGCAUAAGGGUGCAACCAGCGUGUGCAAUCACAGGCGAGGGUCUUCACGAAGGGUUGGACACUCUUUAUCAGUUGAUUUUAAAACGACGUAAGCUUGCCAAAUUGAAUCGGAAACGAGCCAGGUAGGGCCGGAGUUCAGAAGACUGCACUUGCGUCUUCUGAUAUUGCUCACAACCGGGUUCACCGUCGACGGAAGCUAUGCCAUCGCUGAUGUCUUCGUCCAUGUCGGACGGCGACAGUAAUAUUUUAGAAAUAUUUGACUGAUCCUCAAUAGCCGAUUGGCUCUUCCAAAUAAUUCACUCCUGGAGCUGGAACCGUGUUGGAACAAGGUGCAAUGCCUCUCGCCUCGCUGACCUUGGGGUCGUAUAGUAGAACAAUUUUUUAGCCAGUAAAGGACCCAGGGUUCUGCCAGGUUUUGAAAACGGUAAUGCGUAUUCAUUUUUUGGGGCUCAAAUCUCUUUAAAGAAUCAAGGCAUUAUUGAUGUAGAUAGUGAAUUUGCAAUUACUCAAGCCGCAAUCAACUAUUGAUAAAAGUCUUUCAAUUUUGCUGCUGAUGAAGAAAUCCUGAGUUUGAUGACUGGUCCCAAUGCUCAAUUAUAAUAGUUGUCGUAUGAGCUAUAUUACCAGUAAUAUUAAAGACGUUGUAGUGAAACAAACGACGUUAAUUCAAAAUAUUGAAGGAUCGAGUUUUGCAGGUGUGAAAAGACAUUUUUAUGCGAGUUGAUGGUGCAGUAUCACAAAGAAAUGAACUUCAUCUUUCAAUGACCGAAAGGUCUCAAAAUCAGUCUCUUUUUCCAGGAAAUAUUUACUCGUGCCUCUCCAGUUUUACACCUUUAUACCUUCAGAAACCUGCGAAGGAGAAUUUCGGACUAUACUCAGAAUUUAUCGUUACAAAGUGAUAAUUUUCUGAACCUCUAUCGUGUCCUUUGCCUCAAUUUUGUUUCAAUGUACAUGUAUAUUUUUUUAUACAGGAUUUAAAAUUAUCCUUGGGCGUUGUAAAUGUAUAUUUAGUGCGCGUUUCAAAGUUUUAAACAUACGACGAGUGCUACGAAAUUCUUUUCCUCAAAGUGUGUUUUGUAUUGAAAAAUGUUAAGCAAGAUACAUUUUUAUGCAUAUCUAAUUUUAAAGAACUUAAGCCUACAUAUAUCAAGUUCUUUUUCCUGCAAACAAAUUUGGUGUUUACGAACGUAGAAAGCUCGCUUGAGGCCUCGGAGAGUAUAUUUUCAUUGUGAUAUCCCGUUUAUCAGUAGAAAGAAAUUUGCAGAUUAAUUUAAGUAAUCUGUAUUAUUGUGUAAUCUUUAGUUUUUAGAAGUAACUGAGCUUCUUCUAAUUUUUUUACAAGGAUUUCAUCAUUAAAAGAUGUGUAUAUAAUGAUCAGUUACUCUGUAUAAUUAGACUAAUAUAUUAUUUAUAAAUAUUGUGAAAAAGGUCCAAAACGAAACAUUUUACAAACCAAUGAAAUUCUUGCCCUUAUUGGAAAAAGUACGAUAUACGCAGUGACAGUUUUUGAAAAAAAAACGAGCGUCAAAAAUCCCUCUUUGUGGGUCACUGGAAGUGGGUGUGACCCAUUAUUUAGUAAUCAUUUUCUUAAAAUGUUAUAGUCACGAUAUCUCGUAUACAUGGUUUUUCAGUUUGUUUAUUUAUUAAUAAAGAUUAAAGGUUUUUUCAUUUUAGAAAAUAAUUAUGUUCUUAACAAUUUGGUACCACUUCAAAUCAUUUUCU